UGGAGAGUUGCCUGUUCCUAUGCCCAGAGCAGAAGAAAAAGGUGGAAAGGCGGGAGAAGAGUCGGUCCCCCGGCGGAAGGGGCGGAACUCCGCAGAAUCGGGAGAGUGAGCGCUCACGCCUGUCCCGGGAGAGGAAGGAUUCUGCCUGCCUCAUCCCCAUUUCCCAGGAUCAGGGAUACUGCAAGCCGCCACGCCUCAUCUACCAUGGUUACCCUCCUUCUCCUGGUAGCAAUGUUGCCUGGGGUGGCCACUGUUAUCUCCUGCUACGGGGACACUGGCAAGCCUGUUGACUGGUUUGCCGUGUACAAGCUGCCCCAGUUGCCCGAUUCCCGAGCAAGGAGUGGGAUGAGCUACAUGUAUCUGGACAGCAAGACCGGGGGCUGGCAGGAAGGCACCACACUCAUCAAUAGCACACAAGGGGCCGUGGGGCGCACUCUGCAACCGCUGUAUCGGGGCAAUGCCAGCCAGUGUGAUGGGCUGGCCUAUCUGCUCUACAAUGACCAGCCACCCAAGGGCAGCAGUAACAAAGAUAAAGCCUCUCGUGGGCACACUAAAGGAGUGUUACUGCUGGAUAAGGAUGGAGGCUUUUGGAUGAUCCACAGCACCCCUCACUUUCCCCCGCCCGCCAGUGCCACCUAUUCGUGGCCCGACACAGCCCGACCCAAGGGCCAGAGUUUCCUAUGUGUUUCCUUCAGCUACUCCCAGUUCCAGGAGAUCGGGAAACAGCUGGCUUACACCUUCCCUCUGGUGUACAACUACUCAGUAGAAGGGACUUUCGCCCAGGACCUACCUGAGCUGUUGGCUGCCUCCCAGGGACACCAUGUGAAAAGCGCCCCGUGGAACCGCAGCGUGGCACUCACUUCCUCUAGCGGGGAGGUCUUCUUCAGCUUUGCCAAAUUUGGUGCCUUUGCAGAUGACCUCUAUUCAGGCUGGCUGGCCUCAGCCCUGGGCAGUGACUUGGAUGUCCAGUUCUGGCCCAACUCUCCCGGAGUGCUGCCCUCCAACUGCUCAGGGCCUUUCCGGGUGCUGAAUGUGGUGCACACAGCCUUUCCUCCGCCCGCUGGCCCGACCUUCAGUGCCACCCUGGAUCACUCCAAGUGGUGCGUCGCAGCGAAGGGACCCUGGACCUGCGUGGGAGACAUGAACCGGAACCAGGGCGAGGAGCACCGGGGCGGGGGUGUUCUAUGCUCCCGCUUACCAGCCCUCUGGAAGGCUUUCCAGCCCCUAGUGCAAAAAUGCCAACCGUGCUAGCCAGUCUCGGUGCCCAGGCAAGAAAGGGGGCUUGUGGGGCUCAGUGCCAAGGUGCCCUCCAACUUCACAGUGUUGCCUGGUUGCUCAGCUCAGGAGCCCCAGAGUGGGUGAGACCUUCCAAGGAUCCAGCCGAGGCAGACUAUGUGGGUUGGGACACAAGCUUUCAAGGCCCAACAGGGAGCUCUGAAAAGAAAUAAACUUUGCCAAGGGAAUAAAAGGCUUUAGCAGUG